AUGGAUGAUCUUUACGACGAGUUCGGCAACUUUAUCGGGGAGGAGGCUGAGGCUUCCGAGGAAGAGCCGGAUCACGGCCGGGACGCCAGCAAUUAUGUCUACGAUGAUGCCUCAGAAGUUGGCGCAGAUGGCGCAGGCGCUGAUCUGAUGGAGAUUGAUGAUGGCCGCCCUUCUAACGCCGUGGUCCUUCACGAGGACAAGCAGUAUUACCCAUCUGCACAGCAGGUUUAUGGCGAAGAUGUUGAAACGAUGGUACAGGAGGAGGACGCCCAACCAUUGACACAACCCAUCAUCGCUCCCGUCGAAACGAAGAAGUUUACAGUGGAAGAGGCAGAUCUGCCUCCCGUCUUCUUCGACCGCAGCUUCAUGGCCGACCUCAUGCGGUAUCCCGAACAGACCAGGAAUAUCGCAUUCGCCGGCCAUCUGCACCACGGCAAAACCUCUUUCAUGGAUAUGCUAGUUUUGGAAACGCACGACAUUGGCGAGAAGCUCGAAAAGCGCACCGGCAAGCAACGGAACGAACAGCUGAGGUACACCGACGUACACGUCCUUGAGAGGGAGAGGGGAUUGUCACUUAAGGCGGCCCCCAUGAGCUUGGUCCUAGAGAGCACCAAGGGCAAAUCGCACCUGUUCAACAUGAUCGACACACCAGGUCAUGUCAACUUCGUCGAUGAGGUCGCCUCGGCCCUGAGACUGGUCGACGGCGUGUGCUUAGUGGUUGACGUGCUCGAAGGAGUCCAGAUCAACACGGAGCAGAUAAUAAAGCAUGCUGUGUUGGAAGACCUUCCCAUGACGCUCAUAGUCAACAAGCUGGACAGACUCAUCCUCGAACUUAAACUCCCCCCCAACGAUGCUUACUUUAAACUGAAGCACGUCAUCGAGGAGGUAAACACGGUCAUAACAGACACAGCGGUAGGACAGCCUGGAAAAGCCGAGAAAUGGCGGCUAAGUCCAGAAAAGGGCAAUGUCUUGUUUGCCUGUUCAGACAUGGGCUGGUGCUUUACCCUGCAAUCCUUCUCCAAGUUUUAUGCAGACACGUAUGCACCCCUUGACCAUACCGAGUUCGCCCGGAGGCUGUGGGGUGACAUCUAUUUCAACCCUCAAAAGCGUUCCUUCACCAGGAAGCCUGUCGAGGAAGGCGCUAAAAGGUCAUUUGUCAAAUUCGUCAUGGAGCCCAUAUACAAGCUCUUCGCCCACUCUAUCAGCGACAGCCCAGAUGAGCUCAAAAAGGUGAUUGGUAGCUUAGGAAUCACCUUGAAGCCAUCCCAGCUCAGAUCAGACGCCCAAGUGCUACUCAGACUGGUGUGCCAGCAGUUUUUUGGCGCCUCAUCUGGCUUCGUGGAUAUGGUAGUGGCACACAUCCCCUCACCUGUGGCAGCAGCCGAGGGCAGGUUACAGCGGCACUACACUGGUCCCUUGGAUACGGAGGUUGCCAAAUCAAUGGCUUCCUGCAACCAGGAUGGCCCGUUGGUCAUUCAGGUUACAAAGCUCUUCAGCUCACCAGAUGCCAAGACUUUCCAUUCUUUUGGGCGAGUGAUGAGCGGAACUGCGACCCCUGGUGCCGAAGUUCGAGUUCUUGGAGAGGGCUAUUCUGUUGAUGAUGAGGAAGAUAUGGCUAUCGCUAGGGUAUCUGACGUCUGGAUCUCUGAGACAAAAUACAACAUACCGACAGACGGCGUGCCGGCGGGCAACUUUGUUCUCCUCGGUGGCGUGGACAACUCGAUAGUCAAGUCCGCGACAAUAGUCGACAAGACGUUUGAGAACGGCGAGGAUGCCUACAUUUUCAAGCCCGUCACCCACUUUACACAAUCCGUCUUUAAAGUCGCUGUCGAGCCCAUCAACCCUUCAGAACUACCCAAGAUGCUCGACGGCAUCCGCAAGAUCAACAAGAGCUAUCCCUUAAUUACCACCAAGGUUGAAGAGUCGGGCGAGCAUGUAAUUCUCGGUACGGGCGAGCUGUACAUGGAUUGUGUGUUGCACGACCUGCGGCGGCUGUACGCCGACAUGGAGAUCAAGGUGUCGGAUCCAGUCACGAGGUUUUGCGAAACAGUUGUGGAGGAGUCUGCCACCAAAUGCUACGCCAUCACGCCAAACAAGAAGAACAGAAUUACCAUGGUAGCAGAGCCACUGGGUGACGAAAUCGCUCGCGAUAUCGAGACCGGAGCAGUCAAGAUCAAGGAUCCAGUGCGCAAGAUUGCCAAAUUCUUCCAGGAGAAGCACGAGUGGGACCUUCUAGCCGCGAGGAGCAUCUGGGCGUUCGGUCCCGAGGAGAAUGGGCCCAACAUAUUACAGGACGACACGCUGCCUACCGAAGUGGACAAGAAGCUGCUCAACACAGUAAAGGAGUCAAUCCGUCAAGGUUUCAGCUGGGCGACCAGAGAAGGGCCGCUCUGCGAAGAACCGAUUCGAAACACAAAAUUCAAGAUCAUGGAUGCAGCACUGUCUCAAGAGGCAAUAUACCGUGGAGGUGGACAGAUCAUCCCUACCUCGCGACGGGCCUGCUACUCGUCAUUCCUUAUGGCCUCGCCUCGCCUCAUGGAGCCGACAUAUGCCGUCUCGAUGAUUGGAUCACAGGACUCGGUUGCACAGCUGUACAACACGCUCGCGCGCCGCCGUGGCCACGUGCUCUCGGACGGGCCCAUCGCAGGGACGCCGCUCUACCGUGUCAGCGGUUUGAUCCCGGUCAUCGACUCGUUUGGAUUUGAGACGGACCUGCGGAUCGGCAGCGCCGGCUCCGCAACGGUAAGCCUCGUCUUUGACCGCUGGAGCAUCGUGCCGGGCGACCCACUCGACCGCGAGGUGGUCCUGCGGCCCCUGCUGCCGGCUAGCGCGCAGGCGACGGCACGCGACUUUGUGCUCAAGACCAGGCGCAGGAAGGGGCUGAGCGAGGACGUCAGCGUCGCCAAGUUUCUGGAGCCAGAGUUUCACAGCGAGCUCAUCUCUAGCGGCAUUCUGGGCGAGUCCAUGUAA